AUGACUCAAUAUUUGGUUGUUGAAUUUUAUGAAGACAAUUCAAUAGAAGCUGUUCCAGCUAACUGGUUCAAAAAAAAAGAAGGCAUGUGUGCAUGGCCUAAUACCAAAAAUGCCAACGCAUUAAAAAAAUGUGUUGAACUAAAAAGCAUUCCUAAUGAUGUUGAAUACAGUUAUCAUUUGGCCAAAGUUUUGAAAAUAUCUGAUUCAUUAUAUGAAGCUCGGAAAAUGGUAAAAAAAGUAUUAACUAACAUGUACAUUUCAUCUACUGAUGAUGAUGUUUUAUUGAAAUCCAAACGAAGAACUGAUAAAACGGCAGUAUCAAAUGUUUCGCCCUUGUGUCCUAUAUUUUCAGAGUCUGAUGAUGGUAACUGUAGUGAUGAGAACAUCAAAGGUGGCAAAAAAGGUACAAUAAGAACAUUACUAAACGGAUGGUCACCAUCUCCAAAAAAAGUGAAAUUGCUAAAAAAUCUACAAGCUAAUAGUACUCUUACAAAAUCUGCAGAUGGUCGUUAUGCUUCAAAGUCAUCAAUUGUGAAACAAUUAUCUUUUACUGAUAAUAAUACAUCUAUUCAUGAUACCUCCAAGAACAAAAAUUAUAUGGUUGAUCAGACAAAUCUUGAACAUGAUUAUCUUGAUAAAAACUUAAAUAAUAAAGGUAUUGAAACUAUCAAUAAUGAGGUAAAAUCAACUGAUCUUGAAAUUGCUGAUAAUGGAAGCUCAGAAGUCAUGCAGAGACACCUAGCCGAGACACCUCAAUAUGCCAGCAAUCAAUUUCAAUCAACCAGAACUCCAGAAAUUUCUAAUUCUGUAUCAGUUUCAAAGGGAACUACAGAAUUUGAAAAAGAAGUGCUUCAUAGGCUUUCAUUUUUAAAAUUUGAAUUAAAGCGAGCAGUAAAUAACCAAAGAGAUAUGGCCCAAAGACUGGAGAUAAUAGAAACUAGACUUGAAAAUAUUCCAUCAUAUGACAUUUCCAAUAUUAACAACAAUGAAUCAUCUUCUUUAAUUGAUAAAUAUUUCAAUAUACCUCUUGACAAUAUAAUUGAUCUUGAAAUCUUUGAAGAAAAAAUUUCUGGCAGUAAGGAAUUCCGUACUCAGUUGGUAAAUGAACUUUCAUACAUCGGCGGUAAACAUGUCAAGGCAAUGGUCAAACGGGUGAUGGGAAAAUUACUUAAAGACGAAUUAUUAAAAGAUUUCUCAUACACCGAUAAAAAAGGCAAAAAAAAAUUUUGCAGUCUGGGUUGUACUUCUGUGAUUUUCGAUGCUGUUAAGAAGCAAAAUAAAUUUAAACAUUCAUCUCAAAAUGAAAUGGAGGAUAUCAUCAAAUAUGUUCUCGCUCAAGCCCCGUUUAAUUUAAAAAGAAUUUCUCAUAAGAAUAAUUUCUCUUCUUAA